AUGGAGAAGAAUGACUUCCCAGACGAAUCUUUGCCGUCAAAGUCACCCGUGGCAGAAAUGAAAAGCUAUGAGACAUUAGCCAUCCCCAACACGGAAAUCAGAGAAGCUCCGAGCGCAGAAACCCUGACUGCCCCUCACGAUGACAUCGCCCCUCCCUCCAGCAAAGAUACAGAAUGGAGUAUGACACCCCAAGUGAUUCGGAACCGGGAUCGUGACGCCGCGGCGGGUUUCAAGAAAAGGGAGCUCGGCGUGACAUGGAAGAAUCUGAGCGUGGAUGUUCUCGCAGCCGAAGCUGCAGUCAAUGAAAAUCUAUUCUCCCAGUUCAACAUCCCUCAACUCAUCAAAGACUUCCGCCGGAAACCUCCUCUGAAGUCCAUCUUGAAAGAGAGUCAUGGCUGUGUGAAACCAGGAGAGAUGCUUCUCGUGCUGGGGCGUCCGGGAUCUGGGUGCACCACCCUUCUCAAAAUGCUGUCCAAUCGACGUCAGGGCUAUCAUACCGUGACAGGCGAUGUGCGGUUUGGCAACAUGAGCCCUUCUGAAGCGGAUCAGUAUCGAGGCCAGAUCGUGAUGAAUACUGAGGAGGAGCUUUUCUAUCCCCACCUAACUGUAGGCCAAACUAUGGACUUCGCCUCGAAACUUAAGGUUCCUUUCCAUCUCCCGGAAGGUAUAAAGUCAGUGGAGGAAUAUACCGCCGAGACCAAACAGUUUCUUCUCGAGUCCAUGGGCAUUGCUCACACUGCCGAUACCAAGGUGGGGAAUGAGUUUGUUCGUGGUGUCUCUGGUGGUGAGCGCAAACGUGUGUCCAUCAUCGAAUGCAUGGCAACCAGAGGCUCAGUUUUCAGCUGGGACAAUAGCACACGGGGUCUUGAUGCGAGUACGGCGUUGGAAUGGGCCAAGGCUUUGCGAGCUAUGACCAACGUGCUAGGACUCUCCACAGUCGUGACUUUAUAUCAAGCAGGUAACGGUAUCUACAAUUUGUUUGAUAAAGUCCUGGUGCUCGAUGAAGGGAAACAGAUUUUCUAUGGCCCUGCAGCAGCAGCCAAGCCAUUCAUGGAGAGGUUGGGAUUUGUGUAUACCGAUGGAGCAAAUAUAGGUGAUUUCUUGACCGGAGUUACUGUUCCCACCGAGCGAAGAAUUAGACCAGGAUUUGAAAACACAUUCCCUCGAAAUGCGGACGCCAUUCUCUCCGAAUACAAAAACUCUAUGAUCCACGAGCGCAUGACAUCGGAGUACGAAUAUCCCACAACUGACACAGCCCGCGAGCGAACAGAGGCAUUCAAGGAAUCGGUUGCGUUCGAGAAAUCCAAUCACCUGCCAAAGAAUAGUUCUCUCACCACCAGCUUCUGGAAGCAAGUCAUGGCAUGCACAAUGCGACAAUAUCAAAUCCUUUGGGGUGAAAAGUCAACUUUCUUGAUCAAGCAGUUCCUAUCGCUCGUCAUGGCUUUGAUAGCUGGGUCUUGCUUCUAUAACUCGCCUGCAACUUCCGCCGGUCUUUUCACCAAAGGUGGUGCUGUUUUCUUCUCGCUCUUGUACAACUGCAUUGUAGCCAUGUCAGAGGUUACCGAAUCUUUCAAGGGGCGACCGGUUUUGGUGAAACAUAAAUCCUUUGCUAUGUAUCAUCCCGCGGCUUUUUGUCUUGCCCAAAUCACUGCAGAUUUUCCGGUCUUGCUAUUCCAGUGUACGAUCUUUGCUGUCGUGAUAUACUGGAUGGUCGGCUUGAAAGCUACCGCCGCUGCAUUCUUCACCUUCUGGAUCAUUCUCUUUUCAAUGACCUUGUGUAUCACGGCUCUUUUCAGAUGCAUCGGGGCUGGUUUCAGCACUUUCGAGGCCGCUUCAAAGAUAUCAGGCACAGCAGUCAAGGGCAUCGUCAUGUAUGCGGGCUACAUGAUUCCCAAACCCAAGAUCAAGAACUGGUUCCUCGAAUUGUACUACACCAAUCCCAUGGCGUAUGCAUUCCAAGCUGCUCUUUCAAACGAAUUUCAUGGGCAGGAAAUUCUAUGCGUUGGUAACAGUCUUAUCCCGCAUGGCGAGGGAUACGACGGCGUCGAUUCCGCGAACAAAGCUUGCGCAGGUGUUGGCGGUGCUUUGCCGGGAGCGGACUACGUCACUGGCGAUCAAUAUCUUUCUUCUCUACAUUAUAAGCAUUCACAGCUUUGGCGGAACUUCGGCGUCGUAUGGGCGUGGUGGGGAUUCUUUGCCGUCAUCACUAUUGUCUGCACGACUUUUUGGAACGCUGGAGCCGGUAGCGGUGCUUCUCUUUUGAUCCCGCGCGAGAGGCUCAAGAAAUAUCAGCAUGGCGCCGACGAAGAAUCGCAGGUUAAGGAAAAGGAACAGAGUAGGCAGGGGGCAGUUGUCGAUUCGUCCAAUGACGACGAAAACCUCACCCGCAACACGUCUAUUUUCACAUGGAAGAAUCUUUCCUAUACUGUCAGAACCCCCUCAGGUGAUCGUGUCUUGCUGGAUAACAUCCACGGCUGGGUGAAACCGGGUAUGCUCGGAGCAUUGAUGGGCUCUUCGGGUGCCGGUAAGACGACUCUACUUGAUGUCCUUGCGCAGCGAAAGACUGAAGGCACGAUCAACGGAUCUAUUAUGGUUGACGGACGCCCAUUGCCCGUUUCAUUCCAAAGAAUGGCCGGGUAUUGUGAGCAAUUGGAUGUCCAUGAGCCGUUUGCUACAGUCCGUGAAGCCCUAGAAUUCUCCGCUUUACUGCGUCAGCCCCGAACCACCACAAAAGAAGACAAACUAAGAUAUGUCGACACAAUCAUUAAUCUAUUGGAGCUCCAUGAUCUUGCCGACACGCUGAUUGGUAGCGUGGGAAACGGCCUUAGCGUGGAGCAAAGAAAACGAGUGACGAUUGGCGUCGAACUUGUGUCCAAGCCCAGCAUUCUUAUAUUCCUGGAUGAGCCUACUUCGGGGUUGGACGGCCAGUCUGCAUACAACACUGUUAGGUUUCUUCGCAAAUUGGCUGAUGUUGGCCAAGCUGUACUGGUGACCAUCCAUCAACCGUCCGCGCAGUUAUUCGCCCAGUUUGACACGUUACUGCUCUUGGCCCGCGGGGGAAAGACCGUUUACUUCGGGGAUAUUGGAGAAAACGGCAAGACCAUCAAGAAUUAUUUUGGUAAGUAUGGCGCUCGUUGCCCGACCGAGGCGAACCCGGCCGAGUUUAUGAUUGACGUGGUCACGGGAGGUAUUGAGAGCGUUAAGGAUAUGGACUGGCACAAAGUUUGGCUCGACUCGGCUGAGCAUGGGGCAAUGGUGACCGAGCUUGACCGAUUGAUUUCAGAUUCCGCCUCCAGACCAUCUGGCACCGUCGAUGACGGUCACGAAUUUUCCAUGUCCCUCUGGGAGCAGACCAAGAUCGUCACCAACCGCAUGAAUGUGGCAUUAUACCGCAAUACCAACUAUGUCAACAAUAAAUUUUCGCUGCAUAUUAUCUCCGCCUUGCUGAACGGAUUCUCCUUUUGGAGAACCGGCCCGAGCGUGACGGCCUUGAACUUGAAGAUGUUCACUAUCUUCAACUUUGUUUUCGUCGCCCCCGGUGUGAUCAACCAGCUCCAGCCCUUGUUCAUCCAAAGGCGCGAUAUCUACGACACGCGGGAGAAGAAAUCAAAAAUGUAUUCAUGGGUUGCUUUCGUCACCGGGUUGAUCGUGUCCGAGUUCCCCUAUCUUUGUGUGUGUGCCGUCUUGUAUUUCCUCUGUUGGUACUACUGCGUCAAGCUGCCCCAUGAUUCCAACAAAGCGGGCGCCACCUUCUUCAUCAUGCUCAUCUAUGAGUUCAUCUACACCGGCAUCGGACAAUUCAUCGCCGCAUAUGCCCCGAAUCCCACCUUCGCCGCACUCGUGAACCCCCUCAUCAUCAGCACUCUGACCCUAUUCUGCGGUAUUUUCGUACCAUAUACCCAGCUGAACGUCUUCUGGAAGUACUGGAUGUAUUACCUAAACCCCUUCAACUACGUCGUUGCCGGAAUGCUCACCUUCGACAUGUGGGAUGCGAAGGUGACCUGCAACGAGGAAGAAUUUGCCCUCUUUGACCCUAUCAAUGGGACAUGUGCGGAGUAUCUCAAGGAUUACAUCGCCGGGCCUGGCUGGAGUAUCAAUUUGACUAACCCGGACGCCACGUCUGAUUGUCGGGUUUGUCAAUAUCAACGCGGUAGCGACUUCCUGCACACCCUUAACAUCAACCAUUACUACUAUGGGUGGCGGGAUGCCGCGAUUUCGGUGAUCUUUGCUAUUAGCGGGUAUGUCUUGGUCUUUGGGCUUAUGAAGCUGCGGACCAAGGCUUCUAAGAAGGCGGAAUAG